UUAAAUAAUUAAUAUUGCUCGAUAAAAAACGUAUUUCCCUCUUGAAAUCAAUCGUUUGGACAUGUACUAACAAAACUUUCAAAAUCCGUUUAUUACCCAGUGCCGCUGGUUCAGCGUUUUUAAAUUCAGCCCAUCCAUUUAUACCGAUUAAAUGUUAAACCAUCGCUAAAGUUUGAAUAGAUCUUUUAAUUAUCUGCCAAUAAUGUAUUAUUUCAUGGAAAUAAUAGUCAAUGUUGGUUUAAGUUGAAACAAAAAGGUAGCACGCGUCUGCUGCCUCUGCCAAGAAGGAAUGCCGUAUCAUCAAAUUUUUCUACUCGUUUUUUUAUAUAACAGUGUAUUUUUAGACAACAUUUUGUUGACUUGAUUGAUGAACGUCACAGUUCCAUCUGGGGCUGACAACAAUAUAGAUAGAAGAUGUCAGAAGAAGGAGGAAGAGGGCGAGCCCAACGGGGUCGUGGAUUUGGAAGAGGAAAAUCUAAUCCUCCUGAAAAACGUGUAAGAUUGCCUGGACAAUUUCCUCCUGAACAUAUGGUUUAUAAACAGCCAAGACAGCCUGGAGGACCAGCGCCCGUUCCUAGCAGUGAACAGCACCGUCCUAUGUAUCGAGGUCGAGCUGUGACUCACACGGCCCCAACUGCUGUAGGAUCUCAAGGCCCUUCUAGCGUACAGCAACCUAUGAGUGAAUUAUCACUGACAGAAGCUAGAGGUGGUGGAGAACCUUCACGUGGUACUAUGCGCCAAAGGCCGUUUGAAGAAUUUAUUAGAACUCGCCCGCAGACGAUUGUAUCAAAACUAGGAUCGGCUGGAAGAAGAGUACCAUUGCAAGCGAAUUUUUUCGAACUUCAAACAGCUCCUAACUGGUCUUUAUAUCAAUACAGGGUUGACAUGAAGCCCGAUGAAGACCGUACAUCAAUUCGAAAAGGUCUCUUACGUGCCCAUUCAGAAUUGUUAGGAGCAUAUAUGUUUGAUGGGACUGUAUUGUACACUGUUAAGAAACUCAACCCUGAUCCACUGGAGUUAUUCUCGAUGAAGAAAGGAAAAGAGGAUAAAGAAGAUACGCAAGUCCAAAUUAUAAUAAAGUCUACUAUAAACAUUUCAGCAGGUGAUCCGCACUACAUUCAAUUUUUUAAUAUUGUUUUAAGAAAGUGCCUAGCAUCUCUUGAUCUUCAGUUAGUCGGAAGGGACUAUUAUGAUGCCGCUGCAAAGGUGAGUAUACAAGAACACAAGUUUGAAAUCUGGCCAGGGAUUCUGACCUCAAUCAGACAGCACGAACAAAGUGUUUUGUUGAAUGUGGAUAUAUCCCAUAAAAUUAUGAGACAUGAGACUGCUUUUGACUUACUGAAAGAAUGUAAGCAAAAAUAUGAUAGAGUAGAGGAAAAUUUUCGCCAGAGCAUUUUAGGUACAACUGUUAUUACACUUUACAACAAUAAAACUUACAGAGUUGACGAUAUAGAAUGGUCAAUGACUCCGAACAGUACAUUUAAGAAACAAAACCAAGAUGUCUCUUUUGUAUCAUACUACAGAGAUAGGUACAACCUUCACAUACAAUAUCCUGAUCAGCAGCCUUUGCUUGUUUCUCGACCCAAAGCCCGUGAUAUAAGAGGUGGGCGUACUGACAAUAUCCUUCUAGUGCCAGAAUUAUGUAAUUUAACUGGACUAACAGAUUCUAUGCGAACUAAUUUUAACCUGAUGAAAACUUUAGCUGACCAUACACGUAUCAGACCAGCCCAAAGGGUUGAUAAGUACCAAAGCUUUCUAUCAAGACUCACCACAAGUCAAGCAGCACGAAAUGAACUCGAAACGUGGCAUCUUAAAUUUUCAAAUAAGAUGGUUGAAUUUACUGGACGUGUGCUAGAAAAUGAAUCGGUUGUGCUUGGUAACGAAAUCUCUGUAAAGAGUGAUAAUGCAGCUGACUGGUCUCGUGCAAUCCGAGGGAACGGAAUGCUCCAGAAAGCAACGUUUGACCGAUGGGGCAUCAUAUACCCUCGUAAAAUUUCUCGAGAUACACAAUCCUUUAUUAGGACACUAAUCAAUGCCGCCAACGGUAUUCGAUACACCAUCGCAGAACCAAUAGCCUAUGAAGAAAUUCCUGAUGACCGGUCACAGACAUACGUGCAAGCAAUUGAAAAAAUUAUUAAUCAAUCAUCUCCAAGCCUUAUAAUGUGCAUUGUACCAAACAACAGAUCUGAUAGAUACUCGGCAAUUAAAAAGAAGUGUUGUGUAGAUAGAGCAAUGCCUAGUCAAGUAGUUUUAUCAAAAAAUCUGUCCUCCAAAGGAGUAAUGUCUAUUGCAACUAAAAUUGCUAUUCAAAUGAACUGUAAAAUUGGUGGAGGACCUUGGUCAAUUGUUGUUCCUUUUAAGAUACCUGCAAUGAUAAUAGGAUUUGAUGUUUGCCAUGAUACAACUAUUAAAGGGCGAGCAUACGGUGCAAUGGUUGCGUCGUUGAAUGGAAAUUACACCAGGUAUUAUUCAGCAGUAACACCUCAUUCCACGGGCGAAGAGCUUUCUAACGACCUUUCCAUACAAAUUUGCAAAGCCAUUGUACAAUUUAGAAAAAUAAACAACGCUUUACCUUCUAAAAUAAUACUGUACAGAGAUGGUGUGGGAGAUGGGAACAUACCGUAUGUUUUCACACAUGAAGUUGAACUGAUAAAGGCAAAAGUGCAGAAAUUAUAUGAAUCAACACCCCUUCCACUUGCAGUGAUAAUUAUUUCAAAACGUGUGAAUACAAAAAUAUUUUUUAACAGAGAUAACCCUCCCCCAGGAACAGUAGUCGACGAUGUAGUCACGUGCCCAGAUAAGUACGAUUUCUAUCUAGUAUCUCAGUCUGUUAAACAGGGAACUGUCGCCCCUACGUCAUACAAUGUGAUUUCUGAUACUACUGGAUUGACGCCAGAUAUUAUGCAACGCCUAGCAUACAAAAUGACUCAUUUGUACUUUAACUGGAGUGGGACUGUUCGAGUGCCAGCACAGUGCCAGUAUGCACACAAACUUGCAUUUUUGAUCGCCCAGCAUAUCCAUAAACAACCAAACUUGGGCCUCUCUGAUCUCUUGUACUUCUUAUAACAUGAAACUACAAAAAAAAAAAAAUUGUAUUUAUAUAGCACAUCUAUAUAUAUACACAUAUUUUAUACUUUUACACAUUUUAUACUUGCUUUAAUUUUUUAUAUAUUUUUUAAUGGAAGAAGUUUUUUUUUAAAUUAAAAAUAUAGAAAUUUCUUCAUUGUUUUAAGCAUUAAUAUGUUCACUUUAACGAUAUUAUGUUUUAUACAUUUUUAUGCAAUGUUUUGCUUCGUUUUUUAACUCUAUAUAACAUAAAUAUUGGAAAAACGUUUAUUUCUAGGUUCACUUUUACAAACCAGUAGUGAUUAAAAUGUCCUUUUCCAAUUUUUGAUUCUUGAUUAUCCUGGGUUAAAUUAUUUUUCCCAGGUUAUUAGUGUUAUUAGUAUAUGUACUAUAUUAUAUAUAGUACAUGUACUAAAUAUAUAAUAUUCUAAAAAAUGUAAAAUAAUUUUCACCAAAUUUAGUAUUUACUAUUUUAUACAUUCGUUCAUAAUUCCAUAUUCUGAAAUACUUAAGUGAAGAAUAUGUAUAUUUUUAUUACUAUAAAAAUUUAAAAAAAUAUAUAUUUUUUAAAUUGAAAAGAGAGAAAGGAAAAAUUACUCUCUUGAUUUGUUGUGUGUUAAAUCAAAUAGAAUAGUUAAUUAACUUUUAUAUGAUUACUUUAACAAUUUAAUUAAUGUUACAAUAAAUUACUUAAUUUUCUCUAUAUAGUAUAUGUAUAUAAAGUUAUAAGAUUGAAAGAGAAA